AACAGUGUCGCCACGUGGUCAACAACAAUUGUCGCGUCAUGGAGAUCAACGCCAAAUAUCUCAUAGCCAGUAGUAACAAUCCUAUUACGCUGAAGACCCCAUUGCGCAUCUCUGAUUCCCGUUACGGCAAUAACGGGGACGUCAGCAGCAACACCAGCUACAGCAACGACCCCGGGGGACGUGGCCUCAGGAAUCUUCCUCAGACACCAGCAAAGAAACGCUCCAGUCUCGCGCGACCCGUUCGAGUUCACGAUUCGUUCUCUCACAAUCAACCGAAAUUUAUGAAUAAUUAUUCCCAGCAGCCUAACGAGUGUGCCUAUAAUCAUUUCAACGGUACGGAAACGGCCUGGCCCAUGCGACUUCGGCUCGAGGAGAUGCUCGAGUUGACUUUACCUCAGAGCAAGAGGAACAAACACUCUUUCAAAGACACCGAAAGGUUGCUGAAGGUAUUCAGCAUAAACAAUGUGGACCAAGAUAGAUAUAACGUUAAGCGCUGUUCUAUCAUGUAGAACGUUUGUUAGCAAUAUUCCUCUAUAGUCUAUCGUCUCUAUUCUCCAUCUUUGUCUGUUGUUGUUUUUAUAGCGUUGAGCAAUUUUUUAUAUUAUAGAGAUUUAUCCUAUGCGUUAUAAUAUCUAUAGAGUGCGGCUCAAUCUUUAUGUCCAGUAUGGGAAAGCUCGUGGCGCCGUAUACAGUCGUAUUUUGGACUCUGUCGCUGUAACUUGUAUAUUUUGCGACUUUACGUUCUAGUCAUGUUUUUAUUAUAUCGUCUUACGGUGAUCAGGUGACUAUUUUAUUUUUAUGAUGAUUCUAGAGAGAGAGACUAAGCAUACUGAUGCACGUUUAAUGAUUGUUGGAGCCUAAUGCGGUACCGUCCCAGUCAAAUGCAAGCUUUUAUAACACGACUCAUUAUGUUACCUUGAAUCUGCCAAUAUGACGAUCGAUGACGAUUGUAUGCGAAAGUAGGGAAAGUAUGCUCACUCAACGACAGGGGGACAGUAAAGUACAAAAAUCGCUACGGUACUUUUGUGCGUGGUAAAAAUUUUUGGAAUAAUGGACUUUCUCGGACUGCGAACAAAAAUUUUGAUCCGCAUACCUCCGUCUUUUCUCCCUUCCGAAUUUCCACGCGUUUACUCAACCACCCUAAUCGUUAUUGUUCGACGAAGCACCCCACCCUGACGAAAGAAAGAAAAAGGUAUAAUAUAAAUAAAUUUAAAUUAAUAAGAAACACAACGCCCGUGCCAUUCCUUCCUUCGCGAGUCUUUCAGACGAGAUCAUCUUUUUUUUUUUUGACACCGAUUGUUACGUUCUUCCUUGUUACUUACUAUUUGUCGACUUCCGGUAGUUUGGUGACUCGUCACAUCCGUUUAUUCUGUGUAGCAAACGCAAAGGGGGAGGUUGACGCGGGUGGGUGAAAAACACUGGUAAAAAUAUUUAGAAAUAAAAAUUGAAUGAAUUGUUGUAAUGUUUAUUAUAUAUACAUAUAUAUAACAUAAUACGAGUGCCCUUCCCUUGUUGAAAACAAAUGUCGAUGCGACCUAUAUUGAUUCUAGCUAUAAGCAAUUCCAAGUACCACGCCCAGUAUUUUCUAAGUAUUAACAGCAAAAGGAAACCGGCAUAAAAAAUAUGAAAAAUCUAUAUAACUUAUUGUUGCCCGACUGUUAGCAAUAUUGUAACCAUUUACACGGAAUCCAUGUGCGUGGGUAUCAAAGACUUUAAUUGUUUGGAAUCACAAUCGGGCUAACGAGAAUUGGUCAGGUACACCGAAAGCAUAGACGACAAGCAGAAAAUGGGUUAUCUAGGCGCGUUCUUGAGAAAAAUUUUGUUACUGACUUCCUUUGUUUCAAGUAGUAACGUUUUAAGAAAGUAAACAAGCAUCACCAUUAACUGUAACUAUAAGCGCCGAUUAAUAGUCUGUUGUCUUCUUGGACAAAAAAGCGGGAUGGAAAAAGAAAAAGCGAAAAAAAAAUGGCCGAAGUGUCACGAGUGCCAUACACUAUCUAUAGCGUUUGAUAUAAUCGUUCUAGUCCAUUUACAUUAAAAAUCUUUGGUACACACCUGAGCAAAUGUGUUUAUUCGAAUCAUAGACUGCACGAAAUAUAUUAUCUAAUAUAUUACAA